AUGUCGUCUACUCUGGCGACGGUUCUUCGUCGGACACCUGCCAUACCAGCGCUGAAGACAGACACGAUCCUGACGUUCAACACCCUUUUUCGGAGCCGUCAAGUACAACCGCAGACGAAGAGAUUCUUCGCCAGUUCUCCCGGAGAGCAAGCGCCAGCUCCGGAGGGGUUGCCUGGGCAUAGGAGUGGCGUCCUCGCCAUCGUCCCUUUCUACUAUAUCUUCCACAGCAACAAGGUCGCCGGGUCGGAACAUGCCAAGAUCCAAGAGUCUCGAAGGAAACAUGGAACCUCGAACGAGACGAGAGACCCGAGAGAUAGCCCCGUCAAGACGCUGGGGCAGCAGAAAGCCAGAGACGGGAAGUAA